AUGGAUCUCUUCUCCCCCAGCCCAGCUGCCGGGACGGGGACGGCAGCGGGUCCCCCCCACGGCCCCGACGCGGGGGGCCACUACCAGUUCCGUGUCAUCGUGCUGGGGGACGCGGCCGUGGGGAAGUCGUCGCUGCUGCGCUGCUACGCGGAGGGGCCGGGGGGGGCCGUGCCCUGCCCCACCGUCGGCGUGGAUUUCUACAGCCGCACCGUCCCGCUGCCGCCCGCCGGCAAGGCCAAGCUGCAGCUGUGGGACACGGCCGGCCAGGAGAGGUUCAGGUCCAUCACCAGGUCCUUCUACCGGAGCGCCGCGGGCGUGCUGCUGGUCUUCGACCUCACCAACCGGGCGUCCUUCGAGCGCGUCCCCGAGUGGUACCGCGAGGCCGCCGGCGACCGCGCCACCGCCUUCGUCCUGGUGGGCCACAAGAGCGACCUGGCGGCCGAGCGAGCCGUGUCGGCCGAGGAGGCCGGGCGCCUGGCGGCCUCCCUGGGCAUGGCCUUCGUGGAGACCUCGGCCCGCAGCAACCUCAACGUGGAGCUGGCCUUCGAGACGCUGGCGGUGGGCAUCCUGCGGGCGCUGGGCCGCGGGGCCCUCGCCCCCCCCCAGGGCUGCGGCGCCGUCAGGCUCAUCCCCAGCCCCAGCCGCCCCCGGCCCCCGGCGCGGGGCGAGCCCCAGGGGCGCUGCCACGGGAGGAGCGGCAGCACCCUGCCCGAGCACGCAGCGGGCGCGGGGGCGGUGGGUGCCGGCGGGUCGCAGCGGUGCCGCCGAGCGCCCAUGGAGCCGCGGUGGCACUACCAGUUCCGGGUGAUCAUGCUGGGGGACUCCACGGUGGGCAAAUCCUCGCUGCUGCGGCGCUACACCGAGGGCGUCUUCCUGGACGCCGUCAACCAGACGGUGGGGGUGGAUUUCUACGUUCAGUUCGUGGAGCUGGAGCCGGGGCUCCGCGUCAAGCUGCAGUUCUGGGACACUGCCGGGCAGGAGCGGUUCAGGUCCGUGACUCGCUCCUAUUACCGCAACUCGGCGGGGGGGAUGCUGCUCUUCGACCUCACCAACCGCGCCUCCUUCGAGAGCGUCCGGCGGUGGCACCGCGAGGUGACGGACACGGUGCAGCCCUUCCGCGUCGUCUUCCUGCUGGUGGGCCACAAGAGCGACCUGGCGGCCGAGCGCAGGGUGGGCAGGAGGGAGGCCGAGCGGCUGGCGGCCUCGCUGGGCGCCCAGUACGUCGAGACCUCGGCCAAGGACGCCAGCAACGUGGCCCAGGCCUUCCAGAUGCUGACGCUGGCCAUCUACCGGGCGCUGCAGAGCGGGCUGCUCGCCCCCUGCGAGGCGUGGGACGGGGUGAAGAGCAGCGGCCCGCUGCCCGCGCCGCUCCUGGCUCACGCGGCGGGGAAGGAGGAGAAGAGGAAGAAGUGCUCGUGCUAG